CAUGUUCCAAUUCAACUCAGUUUUUCUCAACCAAACUAUAAAAAGUGGAGCCGCUUGUUUCUCCUUCUUGCACGGCGGUUCAAUCUCCAUGGCUAUCUCAAUGGCUCUAUUGCUCCCAUCUCCGACGACGACGACGAAUGGUUCCAACUUGAUGCUAUUCUUCAGGGAUGGAUUCUCUCCACCAUCACAGAUGAGGUGCCUGAUCUUGUUCUCUCUUCUGUCUCUACUGCAUCUGCCCUCUGGAAGAUGAUUCAUGAUUUGUUUCACGACAAUAAGAACGCUCGAGCCAUGCAACUCGAGCAUCAAUUUCGCACCACCGUCAAAGGAUCUACACCUAUGGCUGCAUAUUGUCAAGAGCUCAGGAAUAUUGCAGAUUGGUUAGAUGACGUUGAUGCUCCUGUGUCUGAGCACCAACUAGUACUCCAGAUGCUGCGCGGUCUGCCCGACGAUUUACAAGCCCAAACGUCGUUUCUCCAAUUUCAGGAUCCUUUGCCGAAUUUUCUUCAAGUGCGGUCGGCUCUUCUCCUUCUCGACCGACAGAGGACUCCACUGGAAACCAGCAGCACGACACUGCUGGCAGGUCGGGGCGCCGGCAGCUUCAGCGGCAACCAGCUCGGCGGCGGUGGCAGUCGCGGCCCUCCUCACGGCGGCAGUGGAGACCGGAUCUUUGGCGUCAAUUAUGGCGAUGGCUCCUCCUCUGGACAGCGUGGAGGCUAUGGAUGUGGACAAGGGCGUGGCAACGGCAAUCGGGGUCGCG